AUGAGCAAGACAAUUGUAUUGGGUGAGGAAGAAGUAGUAAUAAUUGGGUUUUGGACGAGUCCUUACGCCAUGAGAGUUCAAAUUGCCUUGGAAGAGAAAGGAGUCCCUUACCAAUACGUGGAAGAAGAAAAUCUAUUCCACAACAAAAGCCCUUUGCUUCUCCAAAUGAAUCCAGUUCACAAGAAAGUUCCGGUUCUUAUUCACAAUGGCAAUCCCGUUUGUGAAUCCCUCAUCAUUCUUCAGUACUUGGAUGAUGUUUGGAACCAAAAAUAUACGCUCUUUUCUCAUGAUUCUUACGAGAGAGCAAAAGCUAGAUUUUGGGUUAAUUUCUUUGACAACAAGAUAGCAGACUGUGGGAGGAGGAUGUGGGCUAGCAAGGGACAAGACCAAGAGGCAGCAAAGGAGGAGUUCAUAGAAAGCUUGAAACUGUUAGAAGGCGAGCUCGGGGAGAGCCCGUAUUUUGGAGGCGAAAAAUUUGGGGUUUUGGAUGUGGCUCUAAUUCCCUUCUCUUGCCGUUUCUACACUUACGAGAUGUUUUGCAAAUUCAAAAUAGAGAAAGAAUGCCCCAAGCUUAUGGAAUGGGUGAAAAGGUGCAACCACAGGGAGAGUGUCUCCAAGAUCCUUCCGGACCCCUACAAAAUAUAUAGUUUUGUGCUUCAUUUCAAGAAAAUGCUUGGAAUUGAUUGA